AUGAGUUUGACGAUCCAUCAUAUAAUUACCGUUACUGAAGUCAAAUCUGUAACGGACUGUUCUUAUAUCUUACAAAAUCACUUUGUAGAGAUCUCUCCAUGUGAUGUUCACCAUUCUUAUGAGUGUUUGAGGGUAGUGACGGUUGGACUAGAGAUUUUUCAAAGUGGGAGAUGGAUUUGCCUUCCGAGAACAGAUGAUAAUUUCUUCCUGGUGGGAUCACCUAAUAAAAUAAAUUUUCCCUUGCGAGUACGCUUGACAAGUGUUAGCGGAGAGCAAGUGGAGUCGACCAUCACAGAGCUGAAGAAUAACGUUGAUCUUACUUCUUCUGUGCAGUUCUCAGGGUUCAUAAAAGGAAGUGACCCACGUACAAUCACAUGUUAUGGUCAAGGUCCUAACUCAGGAAAAAGUGACGACGAGACAGGUGAUGAGGCAUUUUGCAGAGACAAACUGGAUGGUUACUACCAAGAUACCAGGGAUUGUGUAGCAUUUUAUCAGUGCUUUAAAGGCACUACCUACAGACGACGUUGUAAUAGGGGCCAAGUAUUUAACGAUAUGCUAAAGUCAUGUGACAAUCCGACAAAUUUUCCAUGUCGCCAAAGAUCACUCAUCAGCCCUCUAAAUGCUGACAAAUUUACGAGUUCAGCGAUAUCCCCCAAGAUGGAACUGAACAUACAUCAACCGACCCCGGAUUUAUUAAAAAGAGUGGACGAAACCUUCUGUGUUACUAAACUUGAUGGCUUCUACGAAGACCCCAACAACUGUACAUCAUUUUACCAAUGUCUGAAUGGCAGAGCUACAAAGAGACACUGUUUGAAAGGAAUGGUGUUCAAUGCUUUACUGAAGUCAUGUGACACACCACAGAGCUUUCCAUGCCGGACGACAGAAGGCACUGAAGUUGGGCAAUCAGAAUCUACUGAACCGGAAGUCAAACCAACUCACCGCCAAGGAAUGGACACGGGUGAAAGCCUGGGCAUGAGCAAUCUUGCGACGGACAGAAAUGGAAACACGCCAUUGACACCAGUAAAACCAGUUAGACCAGCCGUAAAAUCCGACGCAAAUACCAACGAAGUAAUAGUGGACAAGGAGUUCUGCCUAGAGAGACCUAGCGGAAAUUACGCGGACCCAUACGACUGCUCAAGUUUCUACUCGUGUUCAUUGGAAGAGACGAAGAGGGAGACCUGUCCGAGAGGUUUGCACUAUAACUACAACACGGGCGAGUGUGAUUGGCCCUUUAAUGUUAAGUGCGCCCCACCCCCACCCUAUAAACCUCGGAUACGUAAAGUAUCUGUGUACAAACCAGGAAACGAUAAGGCCAUGACUAUCAAUGGAUUCAUAACACAGAUCAUGGCUGUGGCAAAGAGGCGCACCAUCCGAAAGGUGUAGAAGAAACACGGCUUAAGGGAUGCAAGAUAGUGCUCGGACUAAUACACAGACAUUCACGCAUUUAAGGUUUCAAACUCCAACCAUUUUGUAAUAGGCAAACCGGACGGAAGACAGUUCACUUUGCCAAUCACCUUUGAUGAAUGUGAUUUGCGAGACAAACGAACUGAUCUUUUCUAGCUCAGAAAUUCUCUAUUUGACAACAAUCGACAAAAGUCUCUUUUAGAUGUACUCUCAUCCAGACGAUCGUAACGCAUGAUAAACUACUUUUUUCCCCUUUACGAAUGCGUAUGGUUUAACGAUGGUUAAACAUAUCUCCAAACAGCAAGAAUGAUAUUUCUUAAAACAUAUUUCUCAAAUCCACCUCUCCAUGGAAAAAGUCUUUCAUAAAACAGUUGCUAAGCAAAAGAAAGUCGACUACAGGGAAUACACCGAGUGACGGGAUUUGAGAGGAUAUUACAAAGUUGAAAUUAUAUAAUUUGCGUCCAUAAAUAUUUGAGUUGCAAAGCACUUUAUUAAACAAUCGUUCACUUAUAUAACUAGUUCUACCUUGGUUCUCUAGGCAUUCGGUAGUGGUUACGAUUGCUGGCUACAAUCCACGUGAGAACGCAAGUCUAGCACUAGCCAGUGAGCUUUCGUACAUUUUCAAAAAACGUAAAUUUUCUAAACUGAUAGUCUAAAAAUAUGGAGGAAAAAAUGUAAAAAACCCAAAAGAAAGAAGAAAAAAAAACUGCUACCAUAAAAGAAAUUAUCCGCAAAGAAAUAAAAGCUAGAGUAGAUAAUAAACAACAUUGUCUUAUACUUGCAGGAUGCUUUUACAUGCAUACAUACUUUAUUGCGACUCCCAACCGGGUCCAUCCAGUCACAAUUUUAUUCUAAUAUUAUAACAACCUAAACUACAGUAUCAACACAUAUAGAUAGCAUAACAGUGUCCUAUGCAGGGUAUAUCAAAUAGAGUUGAAGUUGUAUUAAGCGGCACCGUAUUAAACGGUCCCCUGUAUUUAGCGGUCGGUACUCAAUGUCCUGAAAUUUGUUCCCCAUAACUACUGUAUUUUUCACCUCUAUUAAGUGGUUACCCUUUACUUAGUCCCAACGGCCUGUUUGUUUUUUCUUCUACCUGUACUGAACGGUAACUUGAGAAGGAAACACUAAAUAACAAUAGGAAUAAUCUUUCACGUAAAAUUUAAUCCAUAUUUAUCCCAUGGUAUCAAUGUUGGUAAAAUUAUUGAACGAACUUCUGUGUCAAUUAAGGCAUAAAAUGA